AUGAAGGAGAAAUCCAAGAACGCAGCUAAAACGCGCAGAGAGAAGGAGAAUGGGGAGUUCUAUGAACUGGCGAAACUCUUGCCUCUCCCCUCGGCCAUCACCUCCCAACUGGACAAAGCCUCCAUCAUCCGCCUCACCACCAGCUACCUGAAGAUGCGAGCUGUCUUCCCAGACGACCUUGUGAGUGCGGACAUUGCUGUUCGAUCUAAUGAAACAUUAAAUUCAGUACAGUCAGUAUUAAGGUCAGAAAGUGAAAUUCCUGUAACGAUAUCGCAUAAUCUAUGGUGGACUAGGAUUGAGCGAUCAGACAGUUUAGGGUACACUUCACCAUGGGAUUCCAGCAUCUGCCCAUCUUCCCCUGUAUCUCAUAUGUGGGAGUUCUCUCAUUAUGGAAAUUUUGGGGAUGAGCAAGGAGGAGACCUAAGGGUGGAUGAGAGACAAACAGAGAGGGAAGGAGAGCAGGGAGGAGAUCUGAUGGAUGGCAGAUUAGGAGAUGCCUGGGGUCAUCCAAGCCGAAUUGGACCACUGGAUAAUGUGGCCAAGGAACUGGGAUCUCAUCUUCUACAGACUCUCGAUGGAUUUGUUUUCGUUGUAGCGUCUGACGGCAAAAUCAUGUACAUAUCAGAAACUGCCUCCGUCCAUCUGGGAUUGUCCCAGGUGGAAUUGACGGGCAAUAGUAUAUAUGAAUACAUUCAUCCGUCGGACCAUGAUGAGAUGACAGCAGUCCUCACUGCGCACCAGCCGCUGCACCCGCACUUACUGCAAGAGUAUGAAAUAGAGAGGUCCUUCUUUCUACGGAUGAAGUGUGUUCUUGCCAAAAGGAAUGCAGGACUGACAUGUAGCGGAUACAAGGUGAUUCACUGCAGUGGCUAUCUGAAAAUAAGGCAGUACAUGUUGGACAUUUCUCUGUACGACUCCUGCUACCAGAUUGUGGGCCUUGUGGCCGUGGGUCAGUCUCUGCCCCCCAGUGCUAUCACCGAGAUCAAGCUGCACAGUAACAUGUUCAUGUUCAGAGCAAGCCUGGACCUCAAACUCAUUUUCUUGGAUUCCAGAGUGGCUGAGUUAACUGGAUAUGAACCUCAAGACCUUAUUGAGAAAACUCUCUACCAUCAUGUACAUGGCUGUGACGUGUUCCACCUCCGAUAUGCUCACCAUCUCUUGCUGGUGAAAGGCCAGGUCACUACCAAAUAUUACAGGCUGCUCUCCAAGAACGGAGGUUGGGUCUGGGUUCAGAGUUAUGCAACCAUCGUUCACAACAGCCGUUCCUCAAGGCCCCACUGCAUAGUGAGUGUGAACUACGUACUCACGGAUGUGGAGUACAAAGAGCUACAGCUUUCUUUGGAGCAAGUUACAGUAUCAAAGGUUCCAUUUUCAUGUCGGACACCAAUGACUACCUCCCAGGAAGCCCGCAAGCCCAUUAAGGUGAAAACUGGCAAGGUGAAGUCCAAACCAAGGACGAACCCAUAUCACCAGCCAUAUACAUCAUUCAUUGGUGAUAAACGGGAUUGUUCCCAAUAUGGAAGUUGGAAAGGAACUCCGACAAUGAACACUGCCACUAACCAAGAACAGAGCAACCAUUCAGAAAACAGUGAACUGUUAUACACCCCAACAUACAGUCUGCCAUUCUCUUACCACUAUGGACAUUUCCCUAUGGACUCCCAUGUACUUAGCAGCAAAAAACAGGUGAUGCCCUCUCGAUACGGACAGCCUCAGAGUUCCUCCCCUUGUGAAGUGGCAAGAUUUUUCUUCAGCACUCUACAGAGCAGCGGGGAGUGCCACUGGCAUUAUGCCAAUUCAGUUGUUCCAAGCUCUCCUCCAAAAAAUAUUCAUGAACAAUCGGUAACUCAAGUCCGGCACAACUUGGCACAUAAUUAUGAAGCAACCAAAAAAUUCAGUGCAUUAGACAGUCCACCUGAUGGAUUUACAGACUGUUCCAUGUCAAGAUCCAGUGCCAGAUAUAAAGAUGAACUCUACCACUCGUCUCCAAUGAAAACGAAUAAAUCUGAAAACCGGGCAGCACCACCAUACCAUGGCGUGAAAGAAGAAAAUAAGCUGUCUUUCAGCAGGUACCAGCAGGAGAAAACAUUUGCCAAUGAAAAGCACUUUUCCAACUCCCUGAGUAAUUCAGUCCUGCAGAAAUCAGAAUGCCUCCAUGCAAAGACUAUUGAGCAGUUAAGUCAUCUCCUUCCAAGGCCAGUGGUAUAUGAGCAGACAAGACGGCUUUGCAUGAAAGAACCUAGGUACAGCCAUCCUAAUUUUCAUCACUCAGGUUAUAAUGAACUAGAAAAUGAUAGAACAAACUCAAGAUUUGCCCAUCACAAUUCAGAACAUGAGCACUUCAAGCCUGGUGGGCAAGUUCCAUAUGUCCCUCUGAAUUAUCAUCAUGUGUUGUCCAAACAUGGGACUUGCCAAACGUCACCAUGUGCAGGAACGGAACAUGGCACAGAACAUUAUGGGUAUGGUUCUGAGGAAGUUAAUGCGUUUGUUUACAAAAACCAGAGACAGACAUCCGUCUCUUCUCCAGAAACUCACCGGGAAACAUCAGUUCCUCAUUACAUUGGGACUUCAGUAAUUAUAACCAAUGAAAGGUGAUAUUAGGACUUUGUAUAGUCUUAUUUGUUAAUAAAAUGAAGUCUAGAAUCA